UGUGUGUCUGUACUCCUCUUCCUUGGGACUUCUAUGUAAAACCAGCACAUUCCACCCCUUGCAUUCAUGAAUCACAUUUCACAAUUACUAUCAAAAUUACACUUAACUUACUACUUGAAACAGAAAAAAAAUUAACCAGCACCCCUAGAUAUUUCACCAUUAUUUCUUCUUCAUCCUUAUAAUCUAAUACAUGCCUUGCUUUUACUCCUGUUAAUUGAUCCCAUUUCACACCUUUAUUAAUUUUCUCUUGCCCGCAUUCUCCACCAAAAAUGUCUUGGUUUAAUUUAGGUUUGCUGAUUUUAAUAUAUUUAAUUUUUCUUUGAGAUAGGAUUUAGGAGCAAAAACAAGGUAGGUCUAAAAAUGGUAUAAAGAAGAAAUUUAUUAAUAACACAGGGAAACUAAGGAAUUUGGAAUAAGAUUUCCAGAUCAAUCCUUCCUCCCCCCCCCACCUUCCAUGUUUCUUAACAAAAACAUACAGAGACACUUCAGUCACUCUGUCACUUAAAUAAUCAUUUAAGUUCACUCUAGAGAGGGAAGUUCUUUUUUGUUUUGGCCAUAGGAUUCUUUUUUAAGAGAAGAAUAAAGUUCUCUUGUGUCUACACUUUUACAAUUUGCAUCCACCCGGGAAAAUCUGCAGAUCGUGGAAAUGUUUUCAUUUCCAGAGUCUUUUCAGAGCUGUGUUAUGGGUUAUUCUAAUUCUCAUGUGAAAUAAAUGGGCCAGGAGACCUGCUCCUUUAUAAGGCCUUUAUUAGAGAUCAACUCUGGGAGGGGAACCCGAACGGCUGCGCACACCACUGCUGCUCCCGAAAGGCGACACUGAGGAGGAGAACUUGUUGUUCAGUUCUGUCUUCACAGGCAGAGCUGGGUCUUACAUUCUCACGGCUCCCUAGAAAGACUGCUGUGGCUCGUUAUUGUAAGGGGAGGUCCUAAUGGUAGGAUGCUAUUCAGGUCACGGUGCAGCUCUGGAUGGUGACCUUGCCUUCUCUGUUAUUUUUCCCAGCUGUGGAACACUAUUUUCAGUCUUAGAUGUUAUUUGGGCUCGUUAUUUUAGGGGUUCCAGCGCUGAAUGGUGUCCCAGCAUUCUCUGAGUCUUUCAUUUGCAUAUACCCCAUUGAUGUCACUCCUCCUCUGUCACAGGCGCCAUUUUAGGGAGGCAGCGAGGGCAUUAACCCGACACGAGGGGAAAGGGAUAUGGGAUAAGACAACUGGGGCCGAAAACAGGGUGAGGCCAAGAACUUAACAUUAACAACAUUACAGACAACCGGGAACAUUUAUAAAAACAUACAACUUUAAACGCUGUAAAACUUUCUCUGGGGAAUGUAACCAUGAAACCACUUGCCCUGCCUGGAAUCUCAGUGGGGGCCGAAGCCACGGGCAGCAUCCCCCUCCCUCCCGUGGGAACAGGAAUGGGGUCAGGAUGGGCAUUCGGGACAGGAAGGGGAGCCGGAUCGGAAUUGGCUUCCACCCCGCGCAGACAAGAGCGGGGAGCGGGGCAGCCAUCCUGCACAGACAGGAGUGGGGCAGCCACCCUGCACAAGCUAGGAGCAGGGUAAAACUUUCUCUGAAGGAUUUAUUCAUAACAUCAUGGGGUAUUACUUUUAAGGGCAAACUGUUCAAAGGCACAAAUUUAUUUCAUCUCUUUUUUUCAUCUCCUCUUCCUUGGAGCUUUUAUGUAAAACCAGCACACAUUGCAAUAUUCAUGUUACUAUUUCCAUUUACAAAAGGUUAGUAUGUUACAGUUUAACCUAGAAGUUGUUUUUCAGUUUUGUUGCAGUGGAAGAUUCUGAGAUCUUUUCUCUAUUUGCAAUAUGGCUUUUUGUUUGUCUGUGAAAAUAUUUUUACUUGGUAAAAAUAUAUUUUGUUUGAGGUGGAUUUAUCCUUUGCCCUAAGUUAUAAAAGUGCCUUCCAAUUCACUUGCUCUUUGCCUUCUUAGCCAAUAAAACUCACUCAGCAAUUCUUUUCUUCUACAUCAAAACUUGCUAUCAUUUCUAUACCUUCUUCAGAUUCUACAUUCAAAGAUCUUUCUGUUAUACAUACAUAUCUGUGUGACCUUCCUGUCAACUCAUCCUCCCAACAGUCCACGUCUUUACCAUUUUCCCUUCUACCUCUUGUUCCCACUCAAAGGCAAAACACAGUUUACCAUCCUGUGUGAGUGGGCAUCCCCAGAAAGCAUCUUUGACAUCAAGUGCUGAAUGGUGACAGUGUGAGGAGGGAACCUGGUUCAAGGUGAUGUAAGGAUCUGAGACUGGGGUGCCUGGGUUUAAUAAUCUCAUUUAUUAUUCUUCUGCACCAUUCUAUGGAUUCCAUCUGAUUUCUUGACUGGCAGGAUAGGAGCAUUAUAGGGAGAGAUCCCUGGCUCCGAAAGCCCUGCCUUUAGCAGGGACUCAAUAACAGGCUGUGUGCCCUUCCUUCCCUCCCUUGGAAUAGGGUAUUGCUUUUAGACACCACUUGUCCUAGUUGAUUCAAAGUACUUUGGAGAGGCUCCAUAUGUAAUUUUCUCUAUUUUCCUGGAGUUGCCCAACCUUCUGGGUUCACUUCAGCAUAGGCCUUGCCAGACAUUUGCCAGACAAAGGCAUAACUCUGUCACCUUUAAAAUAUUAAUUUGCAUUCCCAAAUUAGCCAUGAAAUCCCUUCUCAGUAAAUUACAAUCAGAAUUAGGAGCAACUAAAAGCUCAUGCAUUUCAAACCCAUCCCCCACAUCUUCUAACACUGGUGGAAUAAAACACACCAGCUCAUCUUUCCCACUUAUCCCCUGAAUGCUGCUGUCUAAAUCCUUUCUCGAUUUCCCUUAUUGCCCCCCUGGAUGUCCAUGUCAUUGAUUACCUUUGGGAGAAUGUGCAAACUCCCUCAACAUGCUCCCAAGGGACCCUUCAGAGAUAUUUUGGGAUCAUCUUCCCUGUAUCCAGGAGCCCUUCCUGUCUUUCCCUUUCUCUAAACAUGCCCUGCCAUGUUUAGUCCCCGAAGAUCCCAGUGUAGUCACUGAUGAGAUUUUCAGUGCUCUCUGGCUGCUGACUCUUCCCAGCCCCCCGAUCUGUCACUCGUCUGUCUCCUGGUCACUCUCGGGUACCCAAUCUAUGCCUGGUGCUGCCACCCCCCAAGGGAGCCAAUCACCCAAACUGGGUGAGGCACCUUCAGCUCCACUCACUGCCCCCACCCCGGAUGGCUCCGGGCGCUCAGCAGUGUCCAGGCAGAGCCACAGCUCCCUGCGUUCCCCACCUGGACCCCACGUGUGCCCCCCCUGGGCCCCCCCCGCGAGGGGAAUUUGGGGAGGUGGAAGGGGGGCAGCGCCAAGGCCAAGCCCCCCCGUGCUGUCGUGGGGUGAGUGGCUGCAGUGGGGACUGAGUGCGGGUGGGAGCGGCCAAGAGCCCAGCGCUGCCCUAGCCCGAGCUGACCCCGCUCCAUCCCUGCCCCUCUGCUGGGAUGUUGUGGGUUUGGGGGGAAGAGUGAGCCAGCAGUGUGUGCUGGGCCUGGGGGCAGCAGGAAAAGGGAAGUAGAAUCAGGGUUGAAGAAGAAGAUGGUCAAUUGAUGCACAUUGGAGGAGAAGGUGGGAUUGUGCAGGAGAAGGAGGAAUAAUAGUUGGAAGAGGGUGUGAGGAAGGGCAGGGACAUAGAAGGAGGAGAAACAGGAAGCAGCACAAGGUUCCACCCAUCCUUAUAUCUUCAGCCGCAGCCCCAGGAGCGUUGCCCCCCCACCCCCCGAUAUGCAGCAAGUGACUGGACAGGUGGAUCCACAAUUUUCACAGGAGUGAAUCUUGGUGAUUCUGAGCUUUAUUGGGUUAAAUCUUGGUCUUUUUUAGGGCCUGGAUGGGAUUUUUGACGAAUCUUCCUGUUUGGGGAGGUUUUCAUCUGUCUUGAGAUUUGGAGAAUUUUUGGUUUGAAUCUUGGUGUUUUGGAAGCUCUUACAUACACAAGAUUUCCGAUGAUUUCCUGAUGUGCACUUGGGCAAGGACAAACCCCCAGCCCAAGUCACUCUCCUCUUCUUUUUUCCCUAUCCAAGGAUCUUUCAUUUCCGAGUCGUGGGGGAAUGGAGGAGGAGGAAAAGUCCCGAAGAUCCCUCAUGAGGAGGGGCUGCAAACCCAGCCCAGGGAGCUGCGAGGAGGAAAGACCCUCCCUGAGCCAGGAAGGCGGCCGGAAAUCCAGGCAGAGCUCAGAGCUGGUGGAGAAGCCUCAUGGAGGGGAGAAGCCCCACAAGUGCUUGGAAUGUGGGAAGGGUUUCAGGUACAAUUGUGAGCUGAUCCAGCACCAGAGUAUCCACACUGGGGAGAAGCCCUAUGAGUGUGGGGAAUGUGGGAAGGGUUUCAGUCACAGCUCCAGCCUGAUCCGGCACCAGAGGAUCCACACUGGGGAGAAGCCCUACGAGUGUGGGGAAUGUGGGAAGGGUUUCAGCUGGAGCUGUCAUCUGAUCCAGCACCAGAGGAUCCACACUGGUGAAAAGCCCUACGCAUGUGGGAAAUGCAGGAAGAGUUUCUGGACAAUAUCUGAUCUGAUGCAGCACCAGGUUAUUCACACUGGGGAACGGCCCUACACCUGCUUGGAAUGUAGGAAGAGCUUUGGGUGGAUGUCCACCCUGAGAAGACACCAGGGCAUCCACACCGGGGAAAGGCCCUACGAGUGUCCUAAGUGUGGGAAGAGGUUUCAGUCCAGCUCCAGUCUCUUCCUACAUGAGCGGAUUCACACAGAGGAGAGGCCCUUCUGCUGCCCUGAAUGUGGGAAGAGAUUCAAGCACAAUUCCACCCUCAUUGUGCACCGGCACAUCCACACUGGGGAGAGGCCCUACGAGUGUUCUGAGUGUGGGAAGAGCUUCUCAGACAGCUCAAACUUGACCAAACACCAGUGGAGGCAGCACUAAGGGAAGCCCUGUGAGUGCCCUGAGUGUGGGAAGAGCUUCGUGCUCUGCUCCAGCUCCAUCCCCCAUGGGAGAAUCGGUGUUGCAUGAUCCCCAGUGACCCCCAUUGAGCAGAGCCCUGGUGAUCCAUGGUCCUGGUAAUCCAUGUUGGGAAGACACCUGGCUGUGGCUGCUCUGCAUCAUCCUGCCUCUUUAUGGGCACCUGGAUUUAUGCAGGGGCAGGAACAUCCAUUGAGAUUCAAAGCGACAAUGGGAAUUCAUUGGGGAAAUUUGAUUUGUUGGCUUUCAAUGCCAGAAAAUCUUCUGUGUUCAAUCCUGUCUUCUGUAUGCAUCCAGAUGCUGAAUGGUCUAGGAGGUCUUUUCCAACCUCAGUGAUCUGACAUUUUUGAUUUUCUGUUACUAGAGGGUGUCUUCUUCAGGAGAAUGGUGAUGGACUGGGGCAAAGAGCAAGAUUUUGGAGACAAUGGGGUGGAAACCCCUCCAGGAAAGGCUCUUCCAUCCCACCCUAGCAUGUGGACAGCUGACACAGACACAGAAAUCCUUUUCUUUUGGCCUUGAUUUGCUUUUGGUUUCUCUUCAUCCCUUUAAAGCAUCCAACACUGGGGUAAAAAUAAAGACACUGAAUUGAGACAUGGGUGGGGACAUGGUGGGGACAGAGACAUGGCGAGAGACAAACAGGGAGAGUGACUUGGGGACAAAUGGACAUGGAGGAGGAGGUAGCCAUUUGUGGGGACAUGGGCAUGGAUGGAGAUGUGUAGGACAAUGACAGCAAUGGGAAACAUGGUGGGGACACAGCCAUGGGUGAGGACAUGGUGGGACACGGCCAGUGCUAUUGGGGAGGGCAUGCAGGGGCUGUGAGAGAUACUGUGUUUGAGGGAGUUAAGAAUUCCUAGGAGGCACUUGGGGCUUGUUAAGGGCUUUGGGGACCCCAGGCCACAACAGGGAGGGGACAGCCAGACAGAGCUGUCCAUCUCCAAAACUGCACCCCAAAAAUCCCAAAUGUCAGGCAUUUCUCCUAGGAAAAAGUGGCAAUGAAGUGCCUGUAUUUUGAGAUAGGGGGUAUGGGACCUCCAGAGUAAGGAGGAAGAGUGUGGAACCCCCAAAACCAAGCAUGUGGGACGGAGGUGGUGGGUUGGGAGGCAGUGGGGAAUAGGUGGAAGAGCAUGGGAAAAAGAAGCUGGGACAGCCGUAGAGUGGGGGAGGGGGCUUCGAUCCCCAAAUUACAUUGGUAGUGGUGCCACUCUUCCCCCAUUCUAGACCUGCCUCCUCUUCCUGCUCCUUCCUUUGCCCUCCUCUUCCUCGUCCAUCCCUUCUCCUGCUCCCCCUGGGCCCACCACCCACCCUUGUCCCCUCCAUUUUACCAACAUCCCAUGGAACGAGUUGGGAUGGAGCCGGGCAGGUUGGGCUGGGGCAGCGCUGGGCUCUUGGCCAGGCCUGGGCACCCCCUCAUGUGCCCCCCUCCUCAGAUUCCCUUGGAGGCUUAGGGGGCACCUGGCACCUUUGGGGUUGGCGCAGUGCCGUGUUGGGGUUCAUGUUCCUCCCAAGACCUCCCAGAGCAGGGUGAGAAUAGGGGGACAUGAUCUUUCCUGAGGAUCCCCAUUCCAAACCCAUGCUGGCGCCUGUUCUGUCCCCCUAAAUUAUGGCUCCCCCGCAGGGUCCCUCUAACUCUUUCUCCACUGGCCCCUAACAAACAGGGCCAGACAAACUAAAGCUUUAUUUGGAAUACUCAGAGCAGCUGUUCGAGGGUAGAGUGACACUGGGCUAGGGGUCCCCAGGGGGAGCACACACGUUAACCCAUGUCCUGCUGGUCCCUAGACAAGUGAGCUCCCACCACCAC